AUGGUGAAAAGAAAGCUUGGAGCCUUGGAAAAGGUUGAGGCUGAUUUGCCCAACUUGCAGCACAAGAUUAAGAGAGAUCCCAAGUCUUAUAUUGAAGAUUUCCGCGCCCAGCACUACCAAUAUGAAUCUCACCGCGAGAUUUUCAUGGCGGCGCCCACAUCCGCUACCGAUACCGGUUUGAUCUCUUUGAGGGAUCUUAUUGAUUUUAUUUCCCAUGUCGCAGACUGUUACCCGGACAUCUGUAAGGAUUUCCCGCAACAGCUCAUCGACAUGCUCAUGCAGCACCACCUGGUCUUGGAGCCCGAGCUGCGCGAGAAGCUGGUCGGAGCCCUGGUCCUCAUGAAGAAGAAGGAUAUCCUGAGCUCGGAAACACUACUCCACACUCUCUUCCCAAUUCUUGUCACUACACCUAGCAAGACCCUGCGGGCUUUGCUGUUCCAGAAGAUCCUUUCUGAACUCCGUACUGCAAACUCUAAGACUACCAACCACAAGUUAAAUCGCACUAUGCAGACUGUUCUCUUCAACUUGGUCACCUCUGAUCGCACAUCGGCUAAAGGCCUCUGGGCAAUCAAGAUUACCCGAGAGCUAUGGAAGCGCCAAAUUUGGACCGAGGCAAAGGCCGUUGAAGUCAUGAAGGAGGCGGCCUUGUCACAGAACGAGAAGGUCAUUGUCGGCGGUGUUCGUUUCUUCCUUGGUGGUGACAAGGAGCGUGAGGAGCUGGAGGACGAGGAUAGUGAUGAAGACGUCAGCGUUGGUCAGGUUAAGCACCAACUUACUAUCAACAAAAAGACCCGAAAGAAGGCCCGUGUCGCCGAAAAGGCCAUCAAGACCGCCCGAAACAAGGAGAAGAAGAAGCAGAACCAACCCGUAAUGCUUAACUUCUCGGCGCUUCAUUUGUUGCACGAUCCCCAAGGAUUUGCCGACAACAUGUUCUUCAAGCAUCUCCAGAACGGCAAGUCCAAGUUGAACUUGGAGCAAAAGCUCCUGGUCCUCCAAUUGGUGUCCCGUCUUGUGGGUCUACACAAGCUGCACAUCAUGCCUCUCUAUUCCUACUUCCAAAAGUACCUCACACCGCGCCAGCCGUCCGUGACUUCGUUCUUGGCGUCUUUGGCCCAAGCUUCCCACGAUCUGGUGCCGCCUGAUGUUCUUGAGCCUCUCGUUCAAAAAAUUGCGAACGAGUUCGUUUCCGAGGCCUCUGCUGGUGAAGUUGCUACAGCUGGUCUCAAUGCCAUUCGUGAGAUUUGUGUCAGACAACCCCUGGCCAUGGAUGAGACAUUGUUGCAGGAUCUUGUCAUGUACAAGAAGAGUAAGGAUAAGGGUGUUAUGAUGGCCUCCAAGGGUCUUCUCAGUCUUUACCGUGAUGUCGGUGCUCAGAUGCUCAAGAAGCGUGACCGUGGCAAGGAGGCUGCUAUGAGUUUGCGUGCCGGUGAUAGAAAAGAAAGACGCUUCGGUGAGCAAGCCGUUGGCGAAAUCGAGGGUCUGGAACUUCUGGCUAGGUACAAGGAUGAAGAGCGCCGUAAGAGGAACAUCGAAAAGGGUCUGCCAUCUGAUGCCGAGGAGGACGAUGAAAAUGACGAGGAAGCUGACUGGGCUGCGUGGAACGUCGAGGAUGAUGAUGACAGUGACGUUGAGGGUGAAUGGAUCAACGUGGAACAUGAUGUCGAUAUUGAAUUGAGCGACUCAGAGGACGAAGGCAAGCCCAAGCCCUCGAAGAAAUCUAAAACGGAGGAGGAAGAAAAGAAGGAUGGUGAAAAGUCCAAGGUCGAGCAAGAGAUCGACUUCCUCAAGUUAGCUACCACCCGAAUCCUCACCCCCGCCGAUCUGGCCAAGCUCGCUGAGCUUCGUGCCGAGGCAGCCGCCGAGGCAACUCUUCCUGGUAACAAGGGCCGCGUUGCUGCUCCCUGGACUUCUCGUCAUACCGACGACCCAUUGACUGCCAAUGAGAUUGAGGGUCUCGCUGCUCUGUCUGCCGCUAAGGCCACCCGUGAGGAGCGUAUCGCUCACGCCAAGGAAGGCCAAACCGACCGCUCAGAGCACAAGAGCAAGGAAGCCAGGAAAAAGGAGCGCAAGGAGCAGGAGGGCAAGAGUACCACCAACAAGGAGAAGGCGCGCAGAAAGAACUUCUUGAUGACACUUGGAAAAGCGAAGUCCAAGAACAAGAGAAGUUUGAAGGAUGUUUCUCGUGCGCUCAAGGCGCAUCACGAGAGAGGCAAGCGCGGCGGAAAGAGAGGAAACCUGGGUACUACAGUUGGGCCCAAUCACUAG